GUUACAAACGAACACAAAGCUUAAGCUCUCGGUUUCUCCUUCUGCAAGCAAACUGCGAAUCGCCUCCGAAAUCUGAAUCAGAGAGAGAGAGAGAGAGAGACGCCAUGGAAGGUCAAGAAGGUUCGCAGCAGCCUCAGCUGGUGCUGGCUCACAAGCUCUUCCUACUCACCCAUUCCGACGUUCCCGACAUCGAGAAAGUGCGCCUCCGCCCGGAGGUCCUCGAGUCCGUCGUGGCGGACGAUAUGGCCGCGCUGUACGAAACCCUAGCCUCUAACUCGGUGCUCGAUCUGGACCAAUCUGUCCUUGCCUCGAUGCGUGCCAAUAUCGACGAACAGCUUAAGAAGCUGGAUGAAAAGAUUGCUGAUGCAGAAGAAAACUUAGGUGAAAGUGAAGUUAGAGAAGCUCAUUUAGCCAAGUCAUUGUUUUUCAUACGACUUGGUGACAAGGAGAAGGCUCUGGAACAGCUCAAGUUAACAGAAAGCAAGACUGUUGCUGUUGGGCAAAAGAUGGACCUGGUUUUCCAUACACUGCAGAUUGCUUUUUUCUACAUGGAUUUUGACCUUAUUUCCAAGAGCAUUGAUAAAGCUAAGAACUUAUUUGAGGAGGGAGGUGACUGGGAAAGGAAGAAUCGCCUGAAAGUUUAUGAAGGCUUAUACUGCAUGUCUACACGCAACUUCAAGAAAGCUGCCAAUCUAUUUCUUGAUUCCAUCUCGACUUUCACAACUUAUGAACUUUUCCCAUACGACACCUUCAUAUUUUACACAGUCCUCACCAGUAUCAUAUCAUUGGAUAGAGUUUCCUUGAAACAAAAGGUAGUUGAUGCUCCUGAGAUAUUGACGGUUAUUGGCAAAAUCCCUCAUCUGUCAGGGUUUUUAAACUCUUUAUAUGAUUGUCAAUACAAGUCAUUUUUCUCAGCAUUUGCUGGCCUGACAGAACAGAUAAAACUGGACCGUUAUUUGCAUCCGCACUUUCGAUAUUACAUGAGGGAGGUCAGGACCGUGGUUUAUUCUCAGUUCUUGGAAUCCUACAAGAGUGUCACAAUGGAGGCUAUGGCAAGGGCAUUUGGAGUGACAGUGGAGUUCAUUGAUUUGGAGCUGUCACGUUUUAUUGCGGCAGGUAAGCUUCAUUGCAAGAUUGAUAAAGUUGCGGGUGUCUUGGAAACUAACCGCCCAGAUGCAAAGAAUGCUCUUUAUCAAGCAACCAUCAAGCAAGGCGACUUCCUGUUGAACCGGAUUCAGAAGCUUUCUCGUGUCAUUGAUCUUUAAAGGUAGGUCAGAAUAUUUUUUCUUUCGGGACAUGAUGAUGCCCAGCCCAAAGUCGAGCAGCGAGCAGACAUACUUUUGGUUCCCUGUGUUCUUGAAUUCCUUUCUGGUAUCUUACCGAUAAAAUAUUGAAGAUUGCUCUGAUUAAAUGGCAAAAUGAGUUGUUGUUAAGUUAUUUGAUUAGUUUAUUUGAGUGAGUAUAUUUGAGGCCUUGCCUUGCCUUCGCUUGGCUUGCUGUGUAGCAGUGGGUGGGGUAUCUAGAACUAGAAGAGAAACCUCUCUAGAUGCACCAACAUGCUGCUAUCAAGUGGUGACGAAUUGAUCUGCCUAGACUUAGCAGUAUCCUUGGAGGAGAUCAAUGAUUGUGACUGAGCCACGAGACAGACAGAGGAAGAAAGAGAGAAAGAAACCAAAAGGAAACUUCAUAUGGGAAGAAACCAAAGGAAACUUGGUUUGGUUGCUUUCGUAGAUGGUACCUUUGUUGGACAAUUCACUCAACUUUGAUUUGUUAUCUUUCUUGUGUUGGUUCCUCUUCUUCCUGUACACGGACUAUUAUAUGUACUUGCCGCGUUGGUGAGGUGUCAAAUUUUAA